AUGAACCCAAACUCCAUGAUGGCCGCACUGUAUGUGGGUGAUCUGCACCCUGACGUCACGGAGGUGAUGCUGCUGGAGAUGUUGAGCCCUGCAGGACCCAUUCGCUCCAUCCGUCUCUGCAGGGACAGGGACACCGGCUCCUCACUCGGCUAUGCUUAUGUCAACUUUCAGCAUCGAGCUGAUGCUGAGCAAGCGAUGAAAAUGUUUAAUUUUGAGCUCCUGAUGGGGCGGCCCAUACGGAUCAUGUGGUCUCAGAGGGAUCCAUCCAUGAGGAAAACCGGCAUUGGAAACCUUGUCAUCAAAAACCUGGACAAGUCGAUUGACAGCGGGUCCCUUUAUGACCUUUUCUCCGUCUUUGGAAAGGUCCUGUCGUGCAAGGUGGUAGAAGAUGAGAACGGGUCCAAAGGGUAUGCCUAUGUUCAUUUCGAGUCUAUGGAGGCAGCGGAGUUGGCAAAGAAGAAACUGAACGGAAAGCUGCUGAACGACCGUAAAGUUUUCAUUGAGCACUUUAAGGUCCGUGAGCAGCGUGAGGCUGAGGUGGGCUCCUGCUCUCACCCGUUCAACAUUUAUAUCAAAAACCUGGGAGACGACGUGGACGACAAUCAGCUGAACACCAUCUUCAGCAAGUUUGGUCCUGUGGUGAAUGCCCGUGUUGUGACAGAUGAGAGUGGGAAAUCCAAAGGUUUCGGCUUUGUCAGUUUCCAGAGGCACAAGGACGCACAGCGGGCUCUGGCAGAGAUGAAUGGACAGAUGCUGAACGGUAGGCAGGUGUUUGUGGGUCGAGCGCAGACGAAAGCAGACAGACAGGCUGAACUCAAACAGAAGUUUGAGCGGGUAAGCAGGGAUCCAUCCAUGAGGAAAACCGGCAUUGGAAACCUUGUCAUCAAAAAUCUAGACAAGUCCAUUGACAGCGGGUCCCUUUUUGACCUUUUCUCCGUCUUUGGGAAGGUCCUGUCAUGCAAGGUUGUAGAAGAUGAGAACGGGUCAAAAGGGUACGCUUAUGUCCACUUUGAGUCUAUGGAGGCAGCGGAGUUAGCUCUGACAGAAAUGAAUGGAAAGAUGUUGGGUGGCAAGCGGGUGUUUGUGGGUCAAGCACAGACGAAAGCGGAGAGACAGGCUGAACUCAAACAGAAGUUUGAGUGGCAAGAGCAUCAAAACUACCAGAAGAUGUUCGUUUUCUCCGUGAGCCAGCGUCUCUCAGUGGUGAGCAUCGGCAUGACCGUUGGUGGCACGUCUUGGGUGAUCGGGGCAUCAGAAUUAAGUUGA